GAUGAAAGUAUGCCUAAUAAUACAGGUGGCGUCCGUGUGCUUACCGGGUGCGUCUUCUUCAUUUUGAUUGUUUCCACGCUUUUGGGAAACACACUCGUGUGUGCUGCGGUCAUCAAAUGUCGACACCUGAGGUCUAAAGUGAGCAACUCAUUUGUCAUCUCCCUUGCGGUGUCUGACCUGUUUGUGGCCAUCCUGGUAAUGCCUUGGAAGGCGGUUUCAGAAGUGGCAGGCUACUGGCUCUUUGGUGCCUUCUGUGACACCUGGAUAGCUUUCGACAUCAUGUGCUCCACUGUCUCCAUCUUCAACCUUUGUGUCAUCAGUAUGGACAGAUACUGGGCAAUCUCCAGUCCAUUCAGUUACAAGCGUAAAAUGACCCAAAGAUUCGCUUUCGUGAUGAUUGGGGUGGCCUGGACGCUGUCUAUUUUGAUGUCAUUCAUUCCAGUUAAAUUGAACUGGCACAAGGCAGAUACAGAAAACUCAAUGCUGGACAACCCAGAUAAGAUGGAAGAGUGCAACGCAAGCCUGAACAGGACGUAUGCUAUAUCCUCUUCACUAAUAAGUUUUUACAUCCCCCUGGUGAUCAUGGUGGGAGCGUACACACGCAUUUACAGAAUUGCGCAGACCCAGAUUCACCUGAUAUCCUCCUUGGAGAGGGUCGUGGAACACGCGCCGAACCAGCAACACACUCAUGACGAAAACUCAUUAAAAACGUUGUUCAAAAAAACAACCAAAGUUUUGAAAACACUUUCUAUUCUAAUGGGAGUGUUUGUGUUGUGUUGGUUGCCCUUUUUUGUUCUUAACUGCAUCGUACCUUUCUGUGAUAUUAACAAACUUGGGGACCCGCUGUGCGUUAGCAACACCACCUUUAACAUUUUCGUCUGGUUCAGGUUGGCCAAUUCGUCUAUGAACCCAGUCAUUUAUGCAUUCAAUGCUGAUUUCAGGAAAGCGUAUUUGACGAUUCUGGGUUAUAAUAUAUAUUAUUCUACAUCUUUGGUCGAGCCUGUUGACUUCCCCAUCGAGUUAGUAUCGUACCACCACGAUACCACGCCCCAGAAAGACCCAACCGUCACCCCGGCUCAGCGCCCCAUCAUUGUCCAUCACAAUGGGGAGGAUUUGGACAUUCCGUUUGACAAAGUCCUCCCCGGUUUUUCACGGAACCAAAUGUAG